AAAAAAACUUAAGGGAGAAAGAGAGAGAGAGAGAGAACACAAACGAUACAGAAGAGAAGCGAAGGUCGCAAUAGAGAAACAACAACGCCGCGCACAGAGAUUUUUCCCGGCGAAACGAGAGCAAUACAGAGAGAGAGAGAGAGAGAGAGAUUUAGUGAGAAGCUUUCUCUAGGGUUUUCUUCUCGAUUUCUCUUCCUUUGACCUCGAUCUAAUUCCCUCUUCGUUCCUCGAUAAAUUAUUCACCUUCUUUCUCUUCGUUCAUUCGUAUCUCUCUUAGCUCCAUUCUAGGGUUCUUGAUCCGUUUCUUUUAGGUUUCGUUAUCUUCCCGGGUUGGUGAGUUUAGUCCGGUGUGUUGGGAGAAAUUGGCGAACUUUAGCGGUGAGGUUCUGAAGCAAAAGCAUGAGUAUUGAUUUCCCCGGGAAAGGGGGAAAUUAGGGGGAAGUGUUUUUGGUUACUGAGAAAUUUGGAUUGGUGUUUCCUCCAUGAGCGAUGGGGGUGUCGCAUGCAUGCCUCUACUGAAUAUCAUGGAAAAGCUUCCAAUUGUGGAGAAGAAGACGACUCUUUGUGGAGGCAAUGAAAGCAAGAGUGCUGCUACUUCGGACAAUGGUCACACAUCUAUCUCAACUAAGGUUCCGGAGUCUCAGCCAGCUGAUGAUAAUAAUAAACCUUCAGCGUCUCAGCCAGUUAAGAAGAAGAGAAUUGUUAAGGUAAUUCGUAAAGUUGUUAAGAGGAGGCUCAAACAGCCGCAGAAACAAGGAGAGGUUCUGUCGAAAGAACAGACGACGCAGGUAGUGCAACUCCCUGUGGAGUCACAGUUGCAGCCGAAAGAGCAGGAGGUGAAGAGUGAAUUUAAAGGAGGAACUAGUAGUGAGAAUAAAGAAGUUGAGAACGGUGGAGAUUCUGGGUUUAAGGAUGAAGUGGAAGAGGGUGAAUUAGGUACGUUGAAGCCUCCUGGGGAUUUGGAGAAUGGUGAAAUCUCGCCAGUAAGGUCAUUGCAGAGGAGUGAGAUCGAAAAGGGCGAGAUUAUUGGGGAGACUUGGAAGAAAGAUGAACCUUCCAAGGGUGAGUUCAGUUAUCUAAAAUAUCAUAAAGGGUAUGUGGAGAGAAGGGAUUUUUCCGCAGAUAAGAACUGGAAAGGAGAUAAGGAAGAAAGAGACUUCAGAUCAUGGAGAGAUCCCAGUGAUGAAAUUGAAAAAGGGGAAUUCAUCCCAGACAGAUGGCAAAAAAUGGAUGAUCAUAGUUACGCCAGAUCUCGUAGGAAUGGAGUAGACAGAGAGAAAGCGUGGAAAUAUGAAUAUGAUUAUGAACGUACCCCGCCUGGUGGAAGAUUUGCAAAUGAAGAUAUCUACCACCGGAGAGACUUCAGAAGUGGGUAUGACAGGGCUACAAGAAUCAGUUCUAAAAUUGUUAUAGAGGAAAAUUUACACAAGAGUGAAUACAACAAUCCCAGUAAUCUUGUAAAGGAGUACUCUUCUACUGUGAACAGAUUGAAGCGACAUGGAGCUGAACCAGAUAGCGUUGAGCGCAAACACUCCUAUGCUGAUUAUGGGGAUUAUGGGAGCUCUAAAUGUAGAAAACUUUCAGAUGAUUGUUCUCGCUCUCUUCACUCAGACCACUACUCACGGCAUUCUGCUGAGAGGCCGUACAGAGAUUCAUAUUCAUCAAAAACUUCCCCUCUGGAUAAGUAUCCUAGAAAGCAUCAAGACGGACCUUUCCCUACCAAGGCCUUUUCAGACAGGCAUGGACACAGCCCUGCACGAUCUGAUUGGGACCCACAUGACCGGUCUAGGUACUAUGAACACCGGGAUAGAAGUCCAGUCCAUCGAGAGAGAUCACCAUAUGCUCGGGAGAGAUCACCGUACAUCUUUGAGAAGUCUGCACAUGCUCGUAAAAGGUCUCCUCGUGACCGCCGUCACCAUGAUUAUAGAAGAAGUCCAAGCUAUUCUGAGUGGUCACCUCAUGAUCGCUCAAGGCCCAGUGACCGCAGAGACUGUACUCCUAACUAUAUGGAAGAUACCCAGAGUGACCGUAACAGGCGUAACGGGCAAAGGGAAAUAAGCAGGAAAAGUGGAGUACGGGAGAGGAGGGAUUUUCAGACUGGUACGGAGCUUGAUAAUAAGCACAAAUAUAAGGAUUCUAAUGGAAAAGAGUUCCACUCAUCAAGCAAAGAAUUGCAAGGUAAAAAUAUUCUCUACAACAAUAAUCCCGUGGUUGAGAAAAAUUCCGUCUGUGAUUCAUCCAAAAUUCCAAGUCCAUGUGCAAUGGGAAAAGAGCCUGUGCAAGUUGGUGAAGCCUCUACUGUAGAGUUGCCAUCAAUGGAGGUAGAUAUGUCUGAUCAUAUGGUUAAACAUUCAGAUAAUAAUAGGUGGGUCACUAUUGAAAAUGCAACAUCUCCUGUGGUCAACAUGAAUUUUCCAUCAGUCGUGUCAGAUGCAGUGACACAGCUCGUCAAUCCUCCUGAAGCUCCUGGUAAUUUAUUAGAAGACAUUGCAGAUACUACAGAAGCAGUGUGUAUUGAGCAAGAAGUUGGAGAUUCCUUGCCUGAAUCAGUGUCCGUACCAGAAGCUAAUGAAUUUUUAGUAGAGCAUGGUGAAGAUUUCCAGAUUGAUAAGAGGAUUGCAAAUCUCUUGGAGGGUUAUACUAUCAUUCCUGGCAAAGAACUUGAGACACUUGGAGAAGCUCUGGAGGUGAAAGUUGAGUUUGAAGAGACCAAAGGAUGUGUGACAUCUGAAGGUAUCACCUGGCGUCACUAUCAAGAGGCAAAUAAAUGGGAUCUGGUGGAUGAAGAGUUGUUGGGAUGUUCAGAGCCCAUGAAAAGGGGGAUCGAAGAAUAUAAGUCAGACGAUGUUUAUGGUUCUGAGAGUGAUGAGAUAGGCAGCUGGUUUUCGGGUCGUUGGUCUUGCAAAGGCGGGGACUGGAUAAGACAAGAUGAAACUUCUCAAGAUAGAUAUUACAAAAAGAAAAUUGUUCUGAAUGAUGGUUUCCCAUUAUGCCUGAUGCAGAAAUCCGGCUAUGAGGAUCCUCGAUGGCAUCACAAGGAUGACUUGUAUUAUCCUCUCAGUAGCUCUAGGCUUGAACUUCCCCUGUGGACUUUUUCUGGCGUAGAUGAGAGAAUUCAGGCGAGAGGAGUAAAAGCUAGUUUUCUGUCCGUUGUUAGGCUGAACUCUUUGGUUGUUAAUGACCAAGUUCCACCAGUUCCUGAUCCCCGAGUAAAAGUUCGUGGUAAGGAGCGGUGCACUUCAAGGCCUGCUCGUCCAUCCCCUGCGUCUAGUGAUUCAAAGAGGGAAUCAGUCGAAAGUCAUUCAACAGCUUGCAAUGGUCAAGAUUCGGAGGGACUUUGGAGAACUGACACAUCUGUUAACACUCCUAUGGAUCGGCUGUAUACGGUCGAUGAUUUGCAAUUGCAUAUGGGUGAUUGGUUCUACACGGAUGGGGCUGGGCAAGAACAAGGACCUCUGCCAUUUUUGGGGCUCCAGAUAUUGGUGGAUAAAGGUUUCAUUAAGAGCCACAGCAGUGUCUUCAGGAAAUCUGAUAAAAUCUGGGUCCCUGUUACUUCUAUCACAAAAACUCCUGAAACCAUUGCCAAGCUUCGGGGAAAAACCCCAGCUCUUCCUUCAGAUUGUCAAGGCCUAGAGACACAGGGUUUCAAGCGUUCUGAAAUGGACACAAGUCUAAACUCGUUCCAUGGUAUGCACCCUCAGUUUCUUGGUUAUUUCCGUGGGAAACUUCAUCAAUUGGUUAUGAAAACAUUCAAGAGUCGGGAUUUUUCGGCUGCCAUAAACGAUGUUUUAGACUCUUGGAUCCAUACAAGACAGCCUAAGAAAGAGAGUGAAAAGUACAUGUACCAAUCUUCAGAAUUUGAUUCUUGCUAUACGAAAAGAGCUCGCUUGAUGGCUGGUGAAAGUGGAGAAAAUUUUGAAACGGAAGAUACACAAAUAUUUCAGAAGGAUGAGUUGACAUUUGAGGAUUUAUGCGGGGACGUUGCCUUCCAUGUUGAAGGAAAUGGAUCCCCUGGCACUGUGGGGAUUUACUGGGGUCUGUUGGAUGGCGGUGCAUUAGCACGGGUGUUUCAUUUGUUGAGAUAUGAUGUAAAAUCACUUGCAUUUGCUUCCAUGACUUGUAGACAUUGGAAGGCCACUAUUAAUUCAUACAAAGAUAUUUCAAGACUAGUUGACUUAUCUUCUUUGGGUCCCAACUGCACAGAUUCUAGGCUCAGGAGUAUCAUGAACACUUACAAUAAGGAGAAGAUAGACUCGAUAAUUCUGGUUGGUUGUACAAACGUGACUGCCAGCAUGCUUGAGGAAAUUCUUCAUUCAUUUCCCCGUAUAUCUUCUGUAGACAUCACAGGCUGCCCCCAGUUUGGAGAUUUGACAGUGAAUUAUACAAAAGUAAGUUGGCUCAGAGGCGAGAAUACUCGAUCAGGUGAAUUGCAUUCCAGGAUAAGGAGUCUGAAGCAGACAACAGAUAUUGCUAAAUCUAAGGGAAUAGGGGGCGAUACAGAUGAUUUUGGUAACCUUAAGGAUUACUUUGAUCGAGUAGAAAAGCGAGAUUCAGCCAAUCAGUUAUUCCGAAGAAGCUUAUACAAACGCUCAAAAUUGUAUGAUGCAAGGAGAUCAUCAGCGAUACUAUCCAGGGAUGCUCGUAUCAGGCGAUGGGCAAUUAAAAAGUCAGAACAUGGGUAUAAGCGAGUGGAGGAAUUCCUUGCUUCAAGUCUUAGGAGCAUCAUGAAGCAGAAUACUUUUGACUUCUUUGCUUUGAAGGUUUCUCAAAUCGAGGAAAAAAUGAAAAAUGGUUACUACGUUAGUCAUGGAUUGAGAUCUGUCAAGGAGGAUAUCAGCCGGAUGUGCAGGGAAGCAAUUAAGGGUAGGAAUCGAGGGGGCUCGAAAGACAUGAACCGAAUCAUCACACUGUUUAUUCAACUUGCCACGCGUUUGGAAGAGGUCUCUAUGGUUACUUCUUCAUAUGGAAGAGAUGAACUAAUGAAGUCAUGGCAAGAUGGCUCAGGGCUUUCAUCAGCCUCUAAGUACAACAAGAAGUUGAGCAAAACAGUAACUGAAAAGAAGUACAUGAGCAGGACUGGUGACACAUUUGGUGUAAAUGGUGCUUCAGAGUAUGGAGAAUAUGCAUCUGACCGAGAAAUCAAAAGGCGCUUGUCUAAAUUAAAUCGUAAAUCCUUUAGUUCAGGUAGUGAAACAUCUUCUGAACUCUCUGACAAUGGCAAGAGUGACAAUUAUAGCUCAGCUUCGGCUUCAGAAAGUGAAUCGGACAUCCGUUCAGAAGGUCGAUCACAGGACUUGCGCGUCGAAAGAUACUUCACAGCAGAUGAAUCCUUUGAUUCUGUGACCGAAGAGCGUGAAUGGGGUGCACGUAUGACCAAAGCUAGUCUUGUACCACCCGUUACUAGGAAAUAUGAAGUGAUUGAAAAGUAUGCAAUUGUCGCGGAUGAGGAAGAAGUGCAACGUAAGAUGCGGGUUUCUUUGCCAGAGGAUUAUGGUGAGAAGCUUAAUGCACAAAGAAAUGGCAUUGAAGAGUUAGAUAUGGAACUUCCUGAAGUUAAGGAGUAUAAACCAAGAAAGAGUCUUGGCGAUGAGGUUUUAGAGCAAGAGGUUUAUGGAAUCGAUCCUUAUACCCAUAACCUCUUACUUGAUUCAAUGCCCGGAGAUUUGGACUGGUCACUGCAGGAUAAACAUUCAUUUGUAGAAGAUGUUAUCUUACGUACCCUGAACAGGCAAGUUCGGCUGUUUACUGGAUCUGGAAACACCCCUAUGGUAUUCCCUUUAAGGCCUGUGAUUGAAGAGCUCAAAGAGAGUGCUCGUGAAGAGUGUGAUAUACGAACGCUGAAGAUGUGUCAAGGCGUUUUAAAGGAAAUAGAAAGUCGUUCUGAUGAUAAAUAUGUUUCUUAUCGGAAGGGCCUCGGUGUUGUGUGCAACAAAAAAGGUGGUUUUGGAGAAGAAGAUUUUGUUGUUGAAUUUCUUGGAGAGGUUUAUCCUGUUUGGAAGUGGUUUGAGAAGCAAGAUGGGAUUCGUUCCUUACAGGAAAACAAAACUGAUCCUGCACCAGAGUUCUACAAUAUAUAUCUCGAGAGACCAAAGGGUGACGCCGAUGGAUAUGAUUUAGUUGUUGUUGAUGCCAUGCACAAGGCUAACUAUGCAAGUCGAAUUUGUCACUCUUGCCGACCGAAUUGUGAAGCUAAGGUUACUGCAGUGGAUGGACACUACCAGAUUGGUAUCUAUUCUGUACGUUCUAUUGAAUAUGGCGAGGAGAUAACUUUCGAUUAUAAUUCUGUAACUGAGAGUAAGGAAGAAUAUGAAGCGUCUGUUUGCUUGUGUGGUAGCCAAGUAUGCCGUGGAAGCUACUUGAAUCUCACUGGUGAAGGUGCAUUUCAGAAGGUAUUGAAGGAUUGGCAUGGUCUGUUGGAUCGACACAGACUGAUGCUGGAAGCUUGUAUACUGAAUUCAGUUUCAGAAGAAGAUUAUCUUGAGUUGGGAAGAGCUGGACUGGGAAGUUGUUUGCUGGGUGGGUUACCAGAUUGGGUGAUUGCAUAUUCUGCUCGUCUGGUGCGGUUCAUCAAUUUCGAGAGAACAAAGCUUCCCGAGGAAAUUCUUAAGCACAAUCUAGAAGAAAAGAGGAAAUACUUUUCAGAUAUACACCUUGAUGUUGAGAAAAGUGAUGCUGAGGUUCAGGCUGAGGGUGUCUACAAUCAGAGGCUCCAAAAUUUGGCAGUUACACUUGACAAGGUAAGAUAUGUUAUGAGACAUGUGUUUGGGGAUCCCAAGAACGCCCCUCCUCCGCUUGAGAGGCUCGCUCCUGAAGAAACAGUCUCUUUUAUUUGGAACGGGGAUGGCUCCUUAGUUGAUGAGCUUCUUCAGAGCUUGUCACCACACGUGGAAGAAGGCAUUCUUAAUGAACUCAGAUCCAAAAUUCAUGCCCAUGAUCCAUCUGGAUCUGCUGAUGUCCUAAAGGAACUUCAGAGAUCGUUACUUUGGUUGAGAGAUGAGAUCCGAGAUCUCCCAUGUACAUACAAGUGUCGGAAUGAUGCCGCAGCUGAUUUAAUUCACAUAUAUGCUUAUACAAAGUGCUUUUUCAAAGUUCGGGAAUACAAGUCCUUUAUCUCUUCUCCUGUACACAUAAGUCCGUUAGAUUUGGGGGCGAAGUAUGCUGACAAGUUAGGUGCAAGUAUCAAGGAGUACAGGAAGACUUAUGGCGAGAAUUAUUGUCUUGGGCAGCUAAUUUACUGGUACAACCAGACAAAUACUGACCCAGAUCUUACAUUGGUGAGAGCAACCAGAGGUUGCUUGUCUUUACCCGAUGUCGCUUCCUUCUAUGCAAAGGCCCAGAAACCAUCGAAGCAUCGUGUUUAUGGCCCAAAGAUGGUGAAAACUAUGGUUUCACAGAUGUCUAAGCAACCUCAAAGACCGUGGCCAAAGGAUAAAAUAUGGACGUUCAAAAGCGCCCCAAGAGUAUUUGGAAGCCCGAUGUUCGAUGCUGUCCUUAAUAAUAACUCAUCACUUGAUAGAGAACUGUUGCAGUGGCUAAGAAAUAGACGGCAGGUCUUCCAAGCGACAUGGGAUAGUUAGGUAAAAAUCUUCUCUUUAAUUUAGCAAGUUGCCCUUUUGGGAAAGCGAGUAAUCAGGGCAACACAUAGUUACUAUAAAUAGUCUCUUAUCCAUGACCAAAGCCAUUCACUUCAAAGGUCCUCAGCUUUCCCCUCAUUCUUGUGUAUAGCUUUGCCGUAUAUGUGAUUUUGGAAAUUGAUAAUAACUUUGGGUUAGGGCCAUCAUUAUAUUCCUGGUAGAUUAGGCUCACAUAAUUUUCAGAGAGGAGAAUCAUUUGACUAGGGUCUCUUCUGUUUUUUCUUUUUUGUUACCUUAUAUUAAUAAAUAGUUAAUCUAUUCGUGUU